CAGGAGGAAGUCCAGCAUCUGAAAGAAACCAAUAUGCGAUUACUCGAGGAGAAAAAGCAUCUCGAGUCAGAGCUGCAAGAGUCAGUGUCGACUGUCAGCAACCUCAACUUACAGAGCAAGGAAGCGGUAGACACAAUUGUCAUGCUAAACAACGAGAUUACCCAACUAGAUGAGGAAGCAAACAAACUUAGCGAAGAACGAGAUAAAGCUCUUCGAACCACGACAGUCACACAACGCCAACUUGCUGAUCUAAGCAGACGUUCUGUUAGAACGAUGCAACACGCUAGAACUUGAUCGUGAUGCGUCCUCUACUGUAGUACAGCAGUGCGAUAUUUUACAGCCAAAGCCAUUUAAUAAAUAAAGUGUCUGGUGUCUAUGAAUGGCAUUAUAUUCAUGUCGAGUUGUUCGACUCUAUAAAGUCUGUUACUAGAGCAUAUGGUCUGUAAAAAUGUUAAAGGUAUAAACAU